CGGCCCCGCCGCCCCUCCGGGGGUACCGGGCGGUCCUGGGAGGUCCCGGAGGGGUUUGGGUGCCCCCCGGAGCCGGGGGAAGCGCAGGGACCCCCGGGGAGCCCAUGGCUGGAGCGUGGCCCCUGUGCUGGUGGGUCCCCAGCCUUGGGACAUCGAGACCCCUGUCACCCACCGGGAGGUCCUGGCCUGAGAUCUCUGAGGUUUAGAUGGGAUAGUGGGAAGGAAUUGUUCCCUGUGAGGGUGGGGGGGCCUUGGCACAGGUUGCCCAGAGGAGCUGUGCCUGCUCCCGGAUCCCUGGAAGUGUCCAAGGCCAGGUUGGAGAGGGCUUGCAGCAACCUGGGCUAGUGGAAGGUGUCCCUGUCCACGGCAGGGGGUGGCACUGGGUGAUCUUUAGCAUCUCUUCCAACCCAAACCAUUCCAUGAUUCCACGAUUCUGACAGUCUGUCUCUCACUGAAGCUUUUACACCCCAAAGGUGUGAUCCUAGCCCCACAGCAGCCACGAAACCACCUCUGUGCCUCCUGCACAGCCACAGGAACAUCCCCUGGGAGCGCAGCUGCUCCCUGACCCCCUCCCUGCCAGGUUCUCCUGCAGCACCACGGUUUCUCCUGGGAAGCACCAUCCCCAGGCAUGUUCCUGGUAGCAGGGGAUAAGGAGCAUCCCAGGGGUGGAUCAGAGCAUCCCAGGGGCUGGCUUGGAAACUCCAGCUCUUACCAAAACCUGCCAUGUGGGUUUGCUUCCCUGGCCUCGGGAGGGGGGGUGCAGGGCCAGGGAGAGCCACCAGCUCGGGAAGUCAGGAGUGGGAUGGCACUGGGUGUGUGUGUGUGGGGCUGAAUCUGCCUGUGGGAUCUGUUCCCAGCUCUCCUGAUCCACAGGGAGGAGGCAAAACUCGCCGUGUUCAUGUGAGAGAUGGCGAACGCCGAGGUGAGCGUCCCUGUGGGCGAUGUGGUGGUUGUACCAAGUGACGGCAAUGAAGGGGAGAACCCGGAGGAUACCAAAACCCAGGUGAUCCUGCAGCUCCAGCCGGUGCAGCAAGGGAUUUACCAGGAGGGCUCCGAGGCCAGCGCUGCCGUGGUGGCCGUGGAAACCCACACCAUCCACAAGCUGGAAGAAGGGAUCGACCCCAGCACCCUGGAAACGAGCGAGGAGAUCGAGAUCGCCUAUCCCAUCACCUGUGGGGAGAGCAAGGCCAUCCUGCUCUGGAAGAAGUUUGUCUGCCCAGGAAUCAAUGUCAAGUGUGUGAAGUUCAAUGACCAGCUCAUCAGCCCGAAGCAUUUUGUUCACCUGGCAGGGAAGUCCACCCUGAAGGACUGGAAAAGGGCCAUUCGCCUCGGAGGGAUCAUGCUGAGGAAGAUGAUGGAUUCGGGGCAGAUUGACUUCUACCAGCACGACAAAGUUUGCACCAACACCUGUCGGAGCACCAAGUUCGAUCUGCUGAUCAGCAGCGCCCGAGCGCCGGUGCCGGGGCAGCAGAGCGUGGUGCAGACCCCGACCUCAGCUGAUGGGAGCAUCACCCAGAUCGCGCUGUCGGAGGAGAGCAUGGAGGAGGGCAUCGAGUGGAACUCGGCUCUGACCGCUGCUGUCACCAUGGCCACUGAGGAGGGCAUCAAAAAGGACACUGAUGAGAUCUCAGAGGACACGCUGAUGUUCUGGAAGGGAAUAGCUGAUGUGGGGCUGAUGGAAGAGGUGGUGUGCAACAUCCAGAAGGAGAUAGAAGAAGUCCUAAGAGGGGUGCAGCAGAGGCUGGGGCAGUCUCCCUUCCAGAUGACAGAUGCCGCUGUCCUGAACAACGUUGCCCACACAUUUGGCCUAAUGGACACAGUCAAGAAGGUUCUGGACAACAGGAAAAACCAGACAGAGCAAGGAGAGGAGCAGUUUCUUUACACACUGGCAGACCUGGAGCGGCAGCUGGAAGAGCAGAAGAAACUCGCCAGGGACCAGAAGGCCAAGUCCCAGACCAUCCAGAACGUGGUGCUGAUGCCCGUGAGCGCUCCCAAGCCCCCCAAGAGACCCCGCCUGCAGCGCCCGGCCUCCGCCACCGUGCUGAGCCCCUCCACCCCCCUGCAGCAGCCCCAGUUCACCGUCAUCUCCCCCAUCGCCAUCGCGCCCGUCGGGCAGCAGUUCUCCGUGGGCAACAUCCCCGUGGCCACCAUCAGCCAGGGCUCCAGCCCCGUGACUGUGCACACCCUGCCCUCCGGCUCCCAGCUCUUCCGAUACGCCACCGUGGUGUCCUCCUCCUCCUCUUCCUCCUCCCCCUCCUCCUCCUCCAAGAGCAGCUCCUCGGACACGGUGACCCUGCACCCGUCCUCCAGCCUGGCGCUGCUGAGCUCAGCGGCCAUGCAGGACAGCGGGGCCCUGGCCAACGUGGCGGCCGUGGUCAACCCCGUGGAGCUGGUGGCCAUGGAGUCGGGCAUCACCUCCACCAUCCAGGCCGUGGAGGGCACCUCGGACGACGGGCAGACCAUCAUAGAGAUCGACCCGGCGCCGGAUCCCGAGGCGGACGCGGACGAGCCCGAGGGCAAAGCUGUGAUCCUGGAGACGGAGCUGAGGACUGAGGAGAAAGUGGUGGGAGGAGACGUGGAGGACCACCAGCACCAGGUCCAUAACGUGGAGAUUGUGGUCUUGGAGGACUAGUGGGGAAGGCAAAGCGUCAGUUUGGGGAAGAGUUGGGAAUUUGUCUUAUUUCAGGCUUUUCUUUUUUUUUUUUUUUUUUUUGGUUAAGCAUCUUUUCCAGCCACCCCAUUUGUUUCCAUGCAUAUUUUUUCAUUGUACUGUAUAUAAUAUAUAUAUAUAUAUAUAAUUUUGUUUUUUAAAACAAAACAAAAAAAAAGCUGGAGAAACACGUGAGACCUGGAAAAGGCUCCAUCUCCGUGGAGCACUGAACAAUCCUCCCCUGUUUGCAGGGUCAAGGAGAGACUGGAUCUCUGCUGGACAACCCAACCGGGAGGAACCAGCCACGCACUUGGUGCUUCUGCUCCGGGGCUGCCCCGGCCCCAGAGACUUUAUCUGAGAGACAAUAACCAGUGGCUGGAGCGUGGAUGUGGCUGUGGGAAGGGGUGACGGAUUUGGGGUGGAACAGGUACCUCAUUUGUAUUUUUAUUUUCCCCAGGAAAGGGAGUUCUGUCAGACUCUUCGCUGUCACCUCAGCUGGGAUUUUUUUUAUUGUUAUUCUUGCUUUGGGGAGCCUGACAGUCCAUGAAUUCACUGUCCAUGUUCUCCUCCUCCCCUUCCUCCACACAAAUUGUUUUUAUAUCUCUAUUUUUUUGUAUUUGUUUACUCUCUCCCUUCCCGCUGCCCAGAUUGCCCAGCUGCAAAGCCCUGGGGCCUCCUCUCCAGGCUCCCUGUAUCCCAAUCCCACUUCUUCCCGUGGCACUUUCCCCCCCAUCCCUUUCCCUGCCUGGCCAGGCUCGGUGCUGCCGCUUGGAGACUCUGAGAUCACUUUCAGCCUUUCACAGAAAGGCAAAAAAAAUACCAACUCAAGCUCAAACCCAGACCCUCCCCUUGGCUGCUCAGCGCCACAGGGACCUUUUUGGGGUGUACAAAGCAUGUUGUGCUGUUGCUUUCCGGGAGAGCUGGAUCCUGGAUUGGGACAGCUUCUGUUUACACUGUGUGCUGAGGCUGCUCCGUGCUUGUCGCUACUCGUUUUGGUGGUUUUAUUUUUGUAUUAUUAUUAUUAUUAUUACUAUUAUUAUUAUUUUUUUUUCCCUUCUUUCUUCCUAUAAUCUCUUGGCAGGAUUAGAACUGGCACGUUGCUGAAAUAAUGUGCACCCCACUGUUUUCCCUCUUUAUUUUUCGGUGGGAAGAUGGAAAGGGGGAAGCGCUGGGUGCCUUUAGAGCUGCGGAGG